UAAAAAAUCACAAAAAGGGAAAAUUUAUAAGUGAUAAAAUAAAAUCUUUAAAAAUGUGUUGUAAUUUUUGCCCGACCUGUCCACCGAUUUUACCGUGCGGAACGGGCCCUUGCAGGUAUUCGUGCCCACCGCCGUGCCCGUGCUGCCAGCCAUGCUGUCCGCCGCCAGUGCCGUGCACGCCGUGUCCGCCGUGUAACUGUCGACCAGUAUUUAGGCAAUGCCCGGCCCCCGUGAUCCCUGACUGCGUGCCGCCCAUAGUGCCCGUACUGCCGCCGUGCAGGCCACGGCGCUGCCCAGCCCCGGAGCCCCCACCACCGUGCCCUCCUCCUCCAGUGUGUUGCCCGCCAGUACUGCCGUGCUGCCCACCACCACCCCCGUGUGAUCCACCACCGGUAUGCCCAUGUCCGGAACCAACUCCUUGCUAUCAACCGGUGCUCCCGUGUUGUAACCCUCAGUGCCCGCCACCUAUAUUGCCAAAGCAAAGACCUAUCUGCCCUCGAGCUCCCCCGGCACCAUACCCUUGUCUACCAUUAUGCCGCAGCUGUUGCCCCGACUGUGAACUUGACCCGGUAACACGACGUCGGCCGUUAAUAGUACACGACAGUGUGUUCCAAACUAGGAAGACGGGCUUGCCUGGUGAAUGCUAUACAAGGACCCAACCCAACGUGCGGUAUCAAGUUGAAAACUAUGUGAGACAGGUAAAGCUCGAUGCAUAUGUAUAUGUAUAAUGUAUAUUCGCGUCAUAUGUCUCGCUUCCACUGCCUUACCUAAAGAAGUGGUGGUAGGACCCAGGUCCACAAUGAUUGUGUUUUUAAUUUGACUAUGCUUUUCCUUUUCAGGGCCCGCAAGCAUGUUGUUGGCGACCAGUCCCUGUUUGUUUGCGGUAGCAAAUAUUUACGAAGAUUGUUUUUAUAAAAAUUUGUUGCUUGUGUACUAUAGUGGUUGUUUUAAAUUUUAACAGUGAUGUUGGUGAUAUUGAGUUAAAUAAAAAGGUUGUAAAAAAGUGUGGACUUUUUAUAAAAAGACGUUUGGAUAAUCUAUCUCUACUAUUAUAUAAACUAGCCAACAUUUGAGUUGAUCUAGAUGUUUGAUAAAAAUAACAUAAAACUAAUACAAUUACCUGAUUACGUCCUUACAU